AUGACAAUUUCUAACUACGUCAACCGUGCACAGGAUCUCAACCUGCCCGUCGGCGUCAUCUAUGGCGACGAUGUGCUGAAGCUCUUCACCUACGCCCGUGAGAAGGGAUUCGCCAUCCCCGCCGUCAACGUCACCUCGUCCAGCACCGUUGUUGCCACUCUCGAGGCCGCUCGCGAUGCCAAGGCCCCCAUCAUCCUGCAGACAAGCCAGGGUGGUGCUGCCUACUUCGCCGGCAAGGGCGUGAAGAACAGCGCCGAGAAGCAGGAGGCCGCUGUUGGUGGUGCCAUCGCCGCUGCCCACUACAUCCGUGCCGUCGCUCCCCUCUACGGCAUCCCCGUCGUCCUCCACACCGACCACUGCGCCAAGAAGCUCCUCCCCUGGCUCGAUGGCAUGCUCGACGAGGAUGAGAAGUUCUUCAAGCAGAACGGCGUCCCCCUCUUCUCUUCGCACAUGAUCGAUCUGGAGCCCGUCGAUGAGAACAUCAGCACAUGCGUCUCGUACCUGAAGCGCAUGGCUCCCAUGAAGCAGUGGCUGGAGAUGGAGAUCGGUAUCACCGGUGGUGAGGAAGAUGGUGUUGACAACACCGGCGUUGACAACGCUUCUCUUUACACGCAGCCCGAGGAUAUUUGGCAGAUGUUUCAAGCUUUCCGCCCGCUCUCGAAGUACUUCUCGAUCGCUGCCGGUUUUGGCAACGUCCACGGCGUUUAUGCCCCUGGCAACGUCCGUCUGCACCCCGAGCUGCUCGGCAAGCACCAGGCCUACGUCUCUGAGAAGCUCGGCGGCAACGACAAGAAGCCUGUCUUCUUCGUGUUCCACGGCGGCUCUGGCUCGAGCAAGCAGGAGUACCUUGAUGCCAUUGGCCACGGCGUCAUCAAGGUCAACGUCGACACUGACUUGCAGUGGGCGUACCUGACCGGUAUCCGUGACUACGUCACCAAGAACAUCGACUACCUCAAGACCCAGGUCGGCAACCCCGAGGGUCCCAACAAGCCCAACAAGAAGAAGUACGACCCGAGAGUCUGGGUUCGUGAGGGUGAGAAGACCAUGUCUACCCGCGUGACGGAGGCCCUCAAGGACUUCAACGCCGCUGGCUCCUUGUAA